GGGAAGAAUAUGGCCGCCGGGUGUGGUGAGGGCGACGCGCUUGCAGUCGCCGUCUCUUGUUUUCCCGUCCUCUGACAUCGCCUGCAGCCGAGCGGGCCCGUUCCGCCGGAGCUGAGGACCAGGUUGGGAGACGGUAUUCAAAUAAAGUUAACUGCAGCUUUCUGUGAAAAUGUCAGUUUUGAUAUCACAGAGUGUAAUAAAUUAUGUAGAGGAAGAAAACAUUCCUGCUCUGAAAGCUCUUCUUGAAAAAUGCAAAGAUGUAGAUGAGAGAAAUGAGUGUGGCCAGACUCCACUGAUGAUAGCUGCCGAACAAGGCAAUCUGGAAAUAGUGAAGGAAUUAAUUAAGAAUGGAGCUAACUGCAAUCUGGAAGAUUUGGAUAAUUGGACAGCACUUAUAUCCGCAUCGAAAGAAGGGCAUGUGCACAUCGUAGAGGAACUACUGAAAUGUGGGGUUAACUUGGAGCACCGUGAUAUGGGAGGAUGGACAGCUCUCAUGUGGGCAUGUUACAAAGGCCGUACUGACGUAGUAGAGUUGCUUCUUUCUCAUGCUGCCAAUCCAAGUGUCACUGGUCUGUACAGUGUUUACCCAAUCAUUUGGGCAGCAGGGAGAGGCCAUGCAGAUAUAGUUCAUCUUUUACUGCAAAAUGGUGCUAAAGUCAACUGCUCUGAUAAGUAUGGAACCACCCCUUUAGUUUGGGCUGCACGAAAGGGUCAUUUGGAAUGUGUGAAACAUUUAUUGGCCAUGGGAGCUGAUGUGGAUCAAGAAGGAGCUAAUUCAAUGACUGCACUUAUUGUGGCAGUGAAAGGAGGUUACACACAGUCAGUAAAAGAAAUUUUGAAGAGGAAUCCAAAUGUAAACUUAACAGAUAAAGAUGGAAAUACAGCUUUGAUGAUUGCAUCAAAGGAGGGACAUACGGAGAUUGUGCAGGAUCUGCUCGAUGCUGGAACAUACGUGAACAUACCUGACAGGAGUGGGGAUACUGUGUUGAUUGGCGCUGUCAGAGGUGGUCAUGUUGAAAUUGUUCGAGCGCUUCUCCAAAAAUAUGCUGAUAUAGACAUUAGAGGACAGGACAAUAAAACUGCUUUGUAUUGGGCUGUUGAGAAAGGAAAUGCAACAAUGGUGAGAGAUAUCUUACAGUGCAAUCCUGACACUGAAAUAUGCACAAAGGAUGGUGAAACACCGCUUAUAAAGGCUACCAAGAUGAGAAACAUUGAAGUGGUGGAGCUGCUGCUAGAUAAAGGCGCUAAAGUGUCUGCUGUUGAUAAGAAAGGAGAUACUCCCUUGCAUAUUGCUAUUCGUGGAAGGAGCCGGAAACUGGCAGAACUGCUUUUAAGAAAUCCCAAAGAUGGGCGAUUACUUUAUAGGCCCAACAAAGCAGGCGAGACUCCUUAUAAUAUUGACUGUAGCCAUCAGAAGAGUAUUUUAACUCAAAUAUUUGGAGCCAGACACUUGUCUCCUACUGAAACAGACGGUGACAUGCUUGGAUAUGAUUUAUACAGCAGUGCCCUGGCAGACAUUCUCAGUGAGCCCACCAUGCAGCCGCCCAUUUGUGUGGGGUUAUAUGCGCAGUGGGGAAGUGGGAAAUCUUUCUUACUCAAAAAACUAGAAGACGAAAUGAAAACCUUCGCCGGACAACAGAUUGAGCCUCUCUUUCAGUUCUCAUGGCUCAUAGUGUUUCUUACCCUGCUACUUUGUGGAGGGCUUGGCUUAUUGUUUGCCUUCACGGUCCACCCAAAUCUUGGAAUAGCAGUGUCAUUGAGCUUCUUGGCUCUCUUAUAUAUAUUCUUUAUUGUCAUUUACUUUGGUGGACGAAGAGAAGGAGAGAGUUGGAAUUGGGCCUGGGUCCUCAGCACUAGAUUGGCAAGACAUAUUGGAUAUUUGGAACUCCUCCUUAAAUUGAUGUUUGUGAAUCCACCUGAGUUGCCAGAGCAGACUACUAAAGCUUUACCUGUGAGGUUUUUGUUUACAGAUUACAAUAGACUGUCCAGUGUAGGUGGAGAAACUUCUCUGGCUGAAAUGAUUGCAACCCUCUCGGAUGCUUGUGAAAGAGAGUUUGGCUUUUUGGCAACCAGGCUCUUUCGAGUAUUCAAGACUGAAGAUACUCAGGGUAAAAAGAAAUGGAAAAAAACAUGUUGUCUCCCAUCUUUUGUCAUCUUCCUUUUUAUCAUUGGCUGUAUUAUAUCUGGAAUUACUCUUCUGGCUAUAUUUAGAGUUGACCCAAAGCAUCUGACUGUAAAUGCUGUCCUCAUAUCAAUCGCAUCUAUAGUGGGGUUGGCCUUUGUGUUGAACUGUCGUACAUGGUGGCAAGUGCUGGACUCGCUCCUGAAUUCCCAAAGAAAACGCCUCCAUAAUGCAGCCUCCAAACUGCACAAAUUGAAAAGUGAAGGAUUCAUGAAAGUUCUUAAAUGUGAAGUGGAAUUGAUGGCCAGGAUGGCAAAAACCAUUGACAGCUUCACUCAGAAUCAGACAAGGCUGGUGGUCAUCAUCGAUGGAUUAGAUGCCUGUGAGCAGGACAAAGUCCUUCAGAUGCUGGACACUGUCCGAGUUCUGUUUUCGAAAGGCCCGUUCAUUGCCAUUUUUGCAAGUGAUCCACAUAUUAUCAUAAAGGCAAUUAACCAGAACCUCAAUAGUGUGCUUCGGGAUUCAAAUAUAAAUGGCCAUGACUACAUGCGCAACAUAGUGCAUUUGCCUGUGUUCCUUAAUAGUCGUGGACUAAGCAAUGCAAGAAAAUUUCUCGUAACUUCAGCAACAAAUGGAGACGUUCCAUGCUCAGAUACUACAGGGAUACAGGAAGAUGCUGAUAGAAGAGUUUCACAGAACAGCCUUGGGGAGAUGACAAAACUUGGUAGCAAGACAGCCCUCAAUAGACGGGACACUUACCGAAGGAGGCAGAUGCAGAGGACCAUCACUCGCCAGAUGUCCUUUGAUCUUACAAAACUGCUGGUUACCGAGGACUGGUUCAGUGACAUCAGUCCCCAGACCAUGAGAAGAUUACUUAAUAUUGUUUCUGUGACAGGGCGAUUACUGAGAGCCAAUCAGAUAAGUUUCAACUGGGACAGGCUUGCUAGCUGGAUCAACCUUACCGAGCAGUGGCCAUACCGGACCUCAUGGCUCAUAUUAUAUUUGGAAGAGACUGAAGGUAUUCCAGAUCAAAUGACAUUAAAAACCAUCUACGAAAGAAUAUCAAAGAAUAUUCCAACAACUAAGGAUGUGGAGCCACUUCUUGAAAUUGAUGGAGAUAUAAGAAAUUUUGAAGUGUUUUUAUCUUCAAGGACCCCAGUUCUUGUGGCUCGAGAUGUAAAAGUCUUUUUGCCAUGCACUGUAAACCUAGAUCCCAAACUACGGGAAAUUAUUGCAGAUGUUCGUGCUGCCAGAGAGCAGAUCAGUAUCGGAGGACUGGCGUACCCCCCGCUCCCUCUACAUGAGGGUCCUCCUAGGGCGCCAUCAGGGUACAGCCAGCCCCCAUCUGUGUGCUCUUCCACGUCCUUCAAUGGGCCCUUCGCAGGUGGAGUGGUGUCACCACAGCCUCACAGCAGCUAUUACAGCGGCAUGACAGGCCCUCAGCAUCCCUUCUACAACAGGCCAUUCUUUGCCCCAUACCUUUACACGCCAAGGUAUUACCCUGGCGGCUCCCAACAUCUCAUCUCACGUCCAUCAGUAAAAACGAGUUUGCCCAGAGAUCAGAACAAUGGCCUAGGAUCAGGCCCAGCCCCAGGCCCAGUGGUAUUACUGAAUUCACUGAAUGUGGAUGCAGUAUGUGAGAAGCUGAAACAAAUAGAAGGGCUGGACCAGAGUAUGCUGCCUCAGUAUUGUGCCACGAUCAAAAAGGCAAACAUAAAUGGCCGUGUGUUAGCUCAGUGUAACAUUGAUGAACUGAAGAAAGAGAUGAAUAUGAAUUUUGGAGACUGGCACCUUUUCAGAAGCACAGUACUAGAAAUGAGAAACGCAGAAAGCCACGUGGUCCCUGAAGACCCACGUUUCCUCAGUGAGAGCAGCAGUGGCCCAGCCCCGCACAGUGAGCCUGCUCGCCGCGCUUCCCACAACGAGCUGCCUCACACCGAGCUCUCCGGCCAGACGCCCUACACACUCAACUUCAGCUUCGAAGAGCUGAACACGCUUGGCCUGGACGAAGGUGCCCCUCGUCACAGUAAUCUAAGUUGGCAGGAAGAAAAUGCUGGCCUUGAGAUAGAUAGCUCUUCAGAGGAUCCAGAUUAAACUAAGUUCGAGUCACUUCUCACAGUUGACUUCCUCACCAAAUAAUAAGGGGGUGAAGAAGACUCGGCCUACCUACUACUCAGUAAUCCUGCUGUCCAGUCGACUGGAGAAGAGAGAUUUGUUCACCUCUACUAGUUUUAUUUGUUCUUAGUAGUUGUAGAAUUUAAAUUGGUUUUAAUGAAAUGUUCCUUUUAUGAAAUUUUAAAUAAAAGCCAUUUAGUAUAUAUUUAGUAUAGCAAGAAGCAUGUGAAUAAGCUCUAGAUAACCUGACAUUGCAUAUCUUAUAGCAUCCCCUUGGUCAGAUGUCUAAUAAAAAGAUUGUUAUUUUCAAAUUUAUCAUAGUUCCUGCAACUUGCACUUUUUAAAGCUAUGUUUAUGAGAAUUUAUAGACUGCAUAUUGUUAUACUUGAUGGAAAUUAAACUAUUUUUAUUUCGAAAUAAGUUAAUUUAUAUUUUAAGUUCUUUAUGUUUUUCUCCUUUUACCUGAGUUCUUUUCAGUCGUGUUGUAAGUUUUUUUUAGGUUAUCAUAUAUUUUUCUUUUUUAGGUUACCAUCCUAGUUUACUGUAAAACAUUUCUUAGAGCAGUAGAUUGGGAAAGAGCCUCGAGACAUCUUUAGACCAAAUCCUAGAUCUCAGAAAGCCAGUGGACAUUCAGUAAAUACUUGUUGGCCAGGUGCCGUGGCUCACGCCUAUAAUCCCAGCACUUCAGGAGGCCAAGGUGGGAGGAUGGCUUGAGCCCAGAAGUUCAAGACCAGCCUGGGCAACAUAAUGGGAUUCCAUCUCUACAAAAAUAAAAAUAAAUUAGCCAGGAAUGGUGGUGUGGACCUGUAGUCCCAGCUACUCGGGAGGCUGAGGUAGGAGGAUUCCCUGAGCCUGAGAGGUUGAGGAUGCAGUGAGUGGUGAUCACACCACUGCACUCCAGCCUGGGUUACAGGGUGAGGCCCUGUCUCAAAUAAAUAAAUAAAACUUGUUAAGUGAAUGAAUAAACUAGGGGGGCAACUCUGAGAGUGUCUGCCCACAAAUCCUACACAGUGCCUUCAAAAUACUUGGCGCAGUGGCUCACACCUGUAAUUCCAGUACUUUGGGAGUCUGAGGUGGGCAGAUAAUCUGAGGUCAGGAGUUCAAGCCCAACCUAGCCAACAUGAUGAAACCCCGUCUCUACUAAAAUACAAAACUUAGGCAGGCAUGGUGGCAGGUGCCUAUGGCCCCAGCUACUCAGGAGGCUGAGGCAAGAGAAGCACUUGAACCUGGGAGACGGAGGUUGCAGUGAGCUGAGAUCACACCGCUUCACUCCAACCUGGGCGACAGAGUGAGACUCUGUCUCAAAAAAUAAAACAAAAUACUGAAUGUAAAUCCCUUAACAUUGUGCUGUUGUGCCACCACUCCUUACAGGUCCCACCUUCCCUCUCACUUUCUGCCCACCCUGUUACCUGCCUGGCCCCUGUAAGCUUUUCUGCUUGUGCUUUUGGAAAUCUUUCAACCAUAAUAGCAUGCUUUGUUGCAAACUCUCAGGGACUGAAGCCAAGCAUGAUGGCAUGCACUUAUAAUCCCAGCUACUUGGGGAGGCUGAGGCGGGAGGAUCACUUGAGCCCAGGAGUUCAAGACCAGCCUGGGCAACACAGCGAGAACCUGUCUCAUAAAAAUUAAAAGGAAAAAAAUGGGGGAAAAACCCUCCCAGGGAUAGAUAUCCACAGCCAGCCUUGAUAAGCGCCAUCAUUUUCAAGUGCAAGGCGGUUCCUCCCACAUGGAUGAUUAUUUCAUCCUCUUGUACUUUGUUUAGUCCUUUGUGGAAAUGCCCAUCUUAUAAAUUAAUAGAAUUCUAGAAUCUAAUUAAAAUGGUUCAACUCUACAUUUUACUUUAGGACAAUAUCAGGACCAUCACAGAAUGUCUGGGAUGUGGGUUUACUAUCUGUAGCUCAGUUCUUCAACCGUUCUUUUAGCAAGGCUAGUUAUCUUCAGUGACUGCCCCUCGCUGCCCUCUACUAUCCCCUCCCUCAGAUGGACUAUUCUGAUUAAGCUUGAGCUAGAAUAAACAUGUUAUCCUGGGAUUCCAUAUUGAAUAUUUUAUACAUGAGUGAGCCAUUAUGAGUUGUUUCAAAAUGUAUUAUGUUGAGGGAGGGUAACUGCUGUAACAACCAUCACCAAAUCUAAGCGACUGAAUACACUUGACGUUUAUUUCUUGUUCAUCUGACAGUUCAGUGUUACCUAAAUUUACAUGAAGACUCAGAGGCCCAAGCUGCUUUAUUUUGGGCUCCACCGACCUCCAAGGUUUCAGGGCCCUCUGCCCCGCCUUCUGCACCCACAGGGGGAGAGAGUGGAGGAUGCACAUGCCCAGGCCUGGAAGCGACACAUGUGGCUUCCCCGUCCACAGACUUCACCCACAGUCCAUUGGCCUUCUUAAGUCAUGGACUCUUGCUGAGCUGCCAGGGUGCCUGGGAAAUCCAUGUGACUGGGUGCCCUGGAGGAAGGGGAGCGUUUGGGUGAGCACACAGGAGUCUUUGCCACUAGAUGCUGAUGAGGAUUCCCCACAGCCAAUGAAGCAUGGAGACUCAUCUUGUAACAAAGAGAUGAGUUGUUGACAUCUCUUAAGUUUACUUUGUGUGCAGUUUUUAUUCAGAUAGGAAAGGCUGUUAAAAUCUUAACACCUAACUGGAAGAAGGGUUUUAGAGAAGGGUAGUUUUCAGUAAGCCAGUUCUUUCCACAAUCCAAGAAACGAAAUGAAUUUCCAGUGUGGAGCAGUUUGCAGGUAAGGUUUUUGUUGUGGUCUCGCCCAGGCUGGAGUGUAACUGGUGUGGUCAUAGCUCACUACAUUCUCAAACUCCUGGCUUUAAGUCACCCUCCUGCCUCAGCCUCCCAAAGGCAAGUAAGGUUAAGAAUAGGGAAAGGGUGAAGUUUCACAGCUUUUCUAGAAUGCUUUUUAUUCAAGGGACUCUCAGACCAUCAGACCCACCCAGAAUCUGCUCAGUUUUCAAGAUUUGCUUAUAAAUAUUUAUAAUAUAAACACUCAGUUGCUAUCUGUUUUUUAGGUUCUCCUCUCUCUCCCAGAACAGUGGUAACAAGAACUCUUGGGGGCUUCUCCCUGUUCUUGCAGAUGUGGCAGGAUGUGGUCCUGGGGGGCUCCCAUGCCAGUCCACAUCCUCUGUGGUGUAAGCAGGGAUUGGUAAUUAACGAGAUGCUAAACCCUCCAGAAGUGAGCGCUCAUGUCCCAGAAACACAUCUUCCACCUCAGAAGCCAGUGGGAAAACUAGACUUUGUGUCUGCAUAUUUGUUCUGAAACACACUCUUCUGCAGUCUAACUCUGCUGACCACUUUCCAGUUUGCUCAUAUCAGAAUUUCUUCGGUUCUAAGAUGCAUAUUUUCUUUUUGCAUUCUGACUUGUUAGAAAUUAGAAUAUGUCUUGCAGUCAAUAAAAUCUAUGACAACAUUUUUUUUUCUUAAUGGUUCCUAAAACUCCUGUAGUUGAUGGUGGCUUAGGUUUAAUGAAAGAGAUUUUAAUAUAUGGCAUGGUUAUGCUGAGUUGUGUCUCUAUCAGUAUUAAUGGGCUGGGGAUGAUUUAUAUUCAACUGAACCCCCAAAUUCAACAUUUUGUGUUGAAUAUUUAUUUUAUCAGUUUUUCUUUAUCCUGUACUCAUUUUGGAUACUUACAGUAUUGUCUGUAUUUGUUAUGAUAAAAUGGCUUACCAUGUUUGAACACACUGUGUAUCUGACAAUGUUCUAAGACCUAAUUUGAUCUUCAUGACAACUUCAUAAAAUAGUUACUAUUAUCCUCAAUUCACAAAUGAGAAAGUAAGACACAGAGAUGCUAAGGUAUUGCCCAAAGUCACACAGCUACUGAGUGGCAGAGCCAGGGUCCGGGCCCAGGCAGUGUGGCUCCAGAUGCUGCCCACUCUUGACGUGAUACUUACUGUCAGUGCUCCUUACCAGUUAGGGAUGAGCUGAUUCUCAUAUUUUUCCAAGACACAUUUUAAUUUUAGCUUUAUUUGCUGUAUCAUCAUCAUCAGUAUCAUCAUCAUCAUCAUCAGUUUUCUUGUUUUAAAAUAGGGUUUGGAGUCUCUUCAAGGCUUUCUGUUUUAGAAAAGUAAAACUCUUAAAAAUCUAUAGCCAUGUGAAUUAUAGAGAAAAAGAGUUUUGUUUCAUUAACAUCAGACAUCUUCGUUCCUACUAAUUAUUUUGGAACAAUGUUCAGUAUCGGGCUAACGAUCGAUGGAUAUCACUCAUCCAAUUAUGAUGCAUGGAUUAGACCACGACCUUAAAGUUUGUACAUAGUGUUGAAUAUAUUCAUCUUAUUUGCAGUCUUAUUGUCAUCUAGCUUUGAUACACUUGCCCUUUCAUAUGUCUCUUGUCACUAUUCUGUGUAAGAUUAUAAUCCUAAAUGCCACUAUAUGUAUUUUUCUUCAUAUUCUAUUAUUGAACAGUAUUAAUGCUUAAUGUUAAUAUAUAAGUAAUAUAUACAUUUUAAAAAUUA